CACUCAUAUACAUCCCCCCCUCCUUCUAGGCUUAAACCAAAAGCAAACUAUCAAAAAUGAUGGCCUGCUUCACCCUCCCCUCACCCCCAGACCCCAACGCGCCGUCCCCGGACCCAGCCACACUACUGCUCCCCCCACCCCUAGAAGGCUGGUACGUGACCAUGGAAGAAGCGACGCAGAAGACGCGGGACUUUGCCGAAGCCCACGGCUACCGACUGGUCAAGAAGCGAUCCAGCAAGGGCCGCGACACGGAUCAGGUGCGAUCGCUCUACCUGAUCUGCGACCGCGGGUUCGUCAAGCCCUCCGUGGCCAAGAUCCGCAAGCCGCGCCAGAACCCCAAGCGCAUCGGCUGUCCCUUCGACAUGUCCAUCACCUGGAACCAGCACUUCGGGCUCUACCAGGCGCGCGUGCGCAACCCCGCCCACAAUCAUGGGCCCAGGGAGCCCGAGCCCAGUCCUGAGCCGGCGCCCGAGUCGACCCUGCCAUUUUUGAGUGAGGAAAUGCCUAAACGGCGCCGGGUUGGGGGGGAGGAGUCUGCGACGCUGGGGUCCGGUGGGGAUGAGGAGGGGGAGGGGGAGGAUGAGGAUGGAGAGGAGGAUGAGGAUGAGGAUGCUGAGGGGGAAGAGGACGGCGAACAGCAGCAGCAGCAACAGCAGCAGCAGAUAAAGAAGCCGAAACCCGCGCCUCUUGUGAAACCGGUCAAGAUUCGCGGGCUGCGCGAUGUUGCCGUCAAGGCGUAUUGUGAGUGGCAGGAGUCGUAUGUUCAGAUCGCGGCCCUCAAGGCGGAGUUCCGUAAGGCCCGAGACCUGGCGUUGGAGAAUGGGAUGGAUCUGGAGCAGAUACACCUGGAUCAAGAUCCUGGGUUCUUCAUUGAGAACGGAGUGAAAAGGGGUAUUGCGAGGCGGUUUGUUGACGAUAUCAGUGAGUGGGCUAGGUUGUUUGAGGAGUUAUCGGGCCGUUGAAGCUGGUAGUC